UUUUGUUCCCAUCGCAAAACUGCUUUAAUCAGGUUUCUUGUCUGAAACAAUGGCGAUUCUCUCUGUACGAACUCCAAGUUCCAUUCAGCUUCUUCGUUCCUCUGUUUCUCCCAUCUGCUCUAAACCUUUGUUUCGAUCAUCAUCCAGCUUUUCAUCUUCCAUUGUUUCUGCUCCUUUCGCCAGGUUAAAAUCCAAUUCCUCGAUCUCUAGACCUCUUGUAGUUCUCGCGAGAGCUUCCACGGGAGUCGCUGAUUACAGAGAAGAUAUCGGCGAGAUCCUCGGGGAUGUCUCAAUCUUUACUGCUUCAGGCCAGCCAGUGAAGUUCAGCAAUCUCUUGGAUCAGAACGAUGGAGUUUCUGCUGUUGUGCUUUUGAGGCAUUUCGGAUGCGUUUGCUGUUGGGAGCUUGCUACUGCAUUGAGAGAGGCGAAACCCCGGUUUGAUGCGGCUGGUGUUAAACUGGUUGCUGUUGGUGUUGGAACUCCUGACAAGGCUCGUAUACUUGCAACUCGGUUACCUUUUCCAAUGGAAUGUCUUUACGCGGAUCCUGAGCGCAAGGCAUAUGAUGUUCUUGGUUUAUACUACGGCUUAGGCCGCACUUUCUUCAACCCAGCUAGCACGAAGGUCUUCUCAAGAUUUGACGAGAUACGAGAAGCUACAAAAAAUUACACCAUACAAGCCACUCCUGAAGACAGAAGCAGUGUGUUGCAACAGGGAGGUACGUUUGUUUUCAAAGGCAAGAAGCUCUUGUAUGGUCGUAAAGACGAAGGUACCGGAGAUCAUCCAUCUCUAGAUGAUGUCCUCAAUGUCUGCUGCCAAAGCAAAGCCACCGUUGCUUGAACAUUGUAUCAAAGUCUUUCUGGUUUGGUUUAGUGGUUAAAUCACUGUGUAAUUAUAGAUAUUAAUGUCUUUUUAAGAUAAAAAAUUAGAUAUAGUAUCAACACUAUAGAUUGAACCACACAAGUCUCUUUUAGUGUAAAGGAAGAUAAGACGAGAGUUUGGCAUCUUAUUGGAAUAAUUUGUUUGUC